CCAAUCUUCCAAGCAGACGGUCCGUAUCAGUCUGGUUCUCCUGGACCAGAGAGUGUGCUAGACUUGAAGGAGAUCAUGUCCGCUAUGUCUCGUCCGCUUGAGAGAAGUCCAGCGCCACGAUGGGGUUCUCGCAAUGCCUAACGGCGGCAUGCUCGCCUGCCAAAGUGGGAUUCAUCGGCUUCCCAUCGGAAGAAUCGCACCACUGCCUAAUGGCGUCAAGAUUAGUUCCUGGCGUCGCAGGCUUGUGUUUCUGCCACCCUAAAAUCAGCUUUCCGCGCUUGAAGGUGGCUCCUUUCCAGACUCAACCAAGCGGGCAUCUCAUUUGCCGAAUGAAACGAUCAGAUAUUCUGUCGGAUCUUGAGCUUGGGAAACCUGAAGGAAGAAGAGGGCCAUAUAGACGUGUAAAUGGAAUAUUUUGGAUUUUACUUCUCAACAUUGGCAUUUUUGCGGCAGAUCACUUGUUUCUGAUCAGAGAGAUCAAGUCCUUAUACCUGUACCACAACAGGCCAGCUUGGUACCAGUUUAUAACCGCAGCAUUUUGCCAUGUUAAUUGGAACCAUUUGUCCAGCAACCUAUUCUUCUUAUAUAUCUUUGGGAAACUUGUUGAAGAGGAGGAGGGUAAUUUCGCACUGUGGCUUUCUUACAUCUUAACAGGUGCCGGUGCCAAUCUUGUCUCAUGGUUAGUCCUUCCAAGGAAUGCGGUAUCUGUUGGAGCCUCAGGUGCUGUCUUUGGACUAUUUGCAAUUAGCGUCCUGGUAAAGAUGUCGUGGGACUGGAGAAAAAUUCUUGAAGUUCUUAUCCUAGGUCAAUUUGUUAUUGAUAAGGUUUUGGAAGCAGCACAAGCGUCCACAGGGCUGACAGGUUCUCUAGGGAGAGGAUACUCUUUGCAGAAUGUAAACCACAUAGCCCACCUGUCUGGUGCUCUUAUUGGCGUUGCACUGAUACUUCUCAUUAGUCGAAUUCCUUCUCAACCCUCGAGUCAAGGUAACAAGUUCUUAAAGGGAAACAAGGAAAAACCAAAUUGAAUUUCUCUAUGCGAUUGAUUUGAAGCUAUGUGGAUACCCCUUCUCUUUCUUCCUCCAUUUCUAAUAGAUCUUGAUGUUAGAAACAAUGUUUUUCAUUUACUGGGGAGCAUUGCAUUCGUCCAUUUAUUUCUUAGUAGUUCUUUUGAUAUUGCUGAUGUGAUAA